UCAAUCUAUUGAGGAGAGGGUGUUUGUGUGACAACGGCCAUGGCUUCGGUGCAGACCUUGGGGAGAUGGACGGUUAAGAAUCCUGUACACGGUUCCAAACAAAUCACCAUGUCCAUGGACCAAACAAAACAGACUGUUGUUGUUCCGAUGAUACCCAUUUCGAGAAGGUCUGCAAUUCUAAUCUCCGCACUGUCUUUGGGAGGAGGAGGAGGACUCAUUUCGCUGCCCCAACCUGCACUGGCCAGAGAGAGGCGCAACAAGAAGAUCAUCCCUCUGGAAGACUACCUCACCACUCCAGCUGAUGGGCUGAAAUACUAUGAUGUUGUUGAAGGAAAGGGUCCUGCAGCUCAAAAGGGAUCGACAGUUCAGGUGCAUUUCGACUGUCUUUAUCGGGGUGUUACAGUAGUGUCUAGUCGAGAAUCUAAACUCUUAGCCGGAAAUCGCAGCAUUGCACAGCCUUAUGAGUUCAAGGUAGGAGCACCCGCAGGAAAAGAACGGAAACGUGAAUUUGUUGACAACCCAAACGGUUUGUUCUCUGCACAGGCUUCACCAAAACCCCCAGCUGCUAUGUAUUUGGUAACUGAAGGGAUGAAAGUUGGGGGAAAGAGGAUUGUGAUAGUUCCUCCCGAGGCUGGGUAUGGCCAGAGGGGAAUGAAUGAAAUUCCGCCAGGGGCUACAUUUGAACUGAAUCUGGAGCUUUUGCAAGUAAUGUCACCAGAAGGAAAGUAGCUGGUUUGUGGGCUAUUAGAGGUCUAUCUAUGUGAAAGCAAAUAUCUUAUUCUUCUACUUGUCGUACAAAAUAUUUGCGGAGUCCUCCUUUGCAUGGAGAAGCAGAGUUUCGUUGAGGGCCCAAUUUGUCAAGUAUUAACAUUUUUGUUCUUGCAUCUGUUUUAUGUAACUCCUCCUAGUCUGUUAUAGAGGCAAAUCUAGUGUACCAGUUUUGAACUGAAUUUGCCAGAGCUUUUCAUGUAUCAAAGGUGGUUUAUUUUAGAACCUCAGAUGAUUGCUCUCCUCAAUUCAUAAACCUUGCGGUAAAUCCUAGCAUUUCUUGCAGAUU